AGCUUAGGAUGCAGAAAGCUGGAAAGAGCAUCGCUGCCACCCUUACAACAAAAAUAACGCUGAACAAUCUCCUGUCGUUUUAUUUAAAAAUAAAUAAAUGAAGUUGCUCGAGCGCCACGCAGGCUUAGCGAGACAGGUGAGAGCCCGGGCCAGAGUCCAGAGGGCCAGCUGCAAAUUCCAAACAGAACCACCCAGAGCUCUGUAAACGUGCACGCCCCCCCCCCCCCCCCGGGGGAGCUUCUCAGCCGGGCCGGGGCCCCACUCAGCUCUUGCAGAAGUUUCCGUUUCCUGGAGCUGGACUCCGCCUAGUCCGAGAUCAGAUUCACUUUCCAGCUCCCUUUUCCCGCUCUGGUCCUGCGUUUAACAAAGCCAACGCCUGGGCUGCGACCUCGCGCCGCCGACGCCCCGCGGGAAGCGCCCACCGCCCAACCGCACUCCCCGCGCACGCGCAAAAGCCCGCCCGCGCGCGCGCCCCGCCGCUCCGCAGGCCGGGAUCCCAGUCCUGAGGAGAAAGCCCGAGGGGACUGCCCGCAGCGCCCAACCACCAUGAGUUUCAGAGAUAGUGUUUCCAGUGUGCCCUGCAGAGAUUACACUAUGCCUUGCACAAAGGGAGCUCAACAAAUAUUUGUGAAGUGAAUUUUAAGAGCAAUGAUAAGUGAAAUUCCUAAGGACUCCUUGAAGGCCAUUCUGUUGGAGUUAGAAUGUCACUUUACAUGGAAUUUACUUAAGGAAGACAUUGAUCUGUUUGAUGUGGAAGAUACAAUUGGUCAACAGCUUGAAUUUCUUACUACAAAAUCCAGACUCACUCUUUAUAACUUAUUGGCCUAUGUGAAACACCUGAAAGGCCAAAAUAAAGAUGCUCUAGAGUGCCUGGAACAAGCAGAAGAAAUAAUCCAUCAAGAACACUCAGACAAAGAGGAAAUACGAAGUCUGGUCACUUGGGGAAACUAUGCCUGGGUAUAUUAUCACCUGGACCAGCUCAAAGAAUCUCAGAAGUAUAUAGACAAGAUAGGGAAUGUUUGCAAGAAAUUGUCCAGUCCUUCUAACUACAAGUUGGAGCGUCCUGAGAUUGACUGUGAAAAAGGGUGGGCACUCUUGAAAUUUGGAGGAAAGUAUUACCAAAAGGCUAAAGUGGCUUUUGAGAAGGCUUUGGAAGCUGAACCUGAUAAUCCAGAAUUUAACAUCGGCUAUGCCAUCACAGUGUAUCGGCUGGAUGAUUCUGACAGAGAAGGGUCUAUAAAGAGCUUUUCCCUGGGCCCUCUGAGGAAAGCUGUUACCUUGAACCCAGAUAACUCCUACAUUAAGGUUUUUCUGGCACUAAAGCUUCAAGAUGUACAUGCAGAAGCUGAAGGGGAAAGGUAUAUUGAAGAAAUCCUGGACCAGAUAUCAUCCCAACCAUAUGUCCUUCGUUAUGCAGCCAAAUUCUACAGGAGAAAAAAUUCCUGGGACAAAGCUCUGGAACUUUUGAAAAAGGCCUUGGAGGUGACACCAACCUCUUCUUUCCUGCAUCACCAGAUGGGACUUUGCUAUAGGGCACAAAUGAUCCAAAUCAAGAAGGUCACACGCAACAGACCUAAAGGAAAGGAUAAACUGAAAGUUGAUGAGCUGAUUACAUCUGCUAUCUUUCAUUUCAAAGCAGCUGUGGAAAAGGACUCUAUGUUUGCAUUUGCCUACACGGAUCUGGCCAACAUGUAUGCUGAGGGAGGCCAGUAUAGCAAUGCUGAAGACGUUUUCCAGAAAGCUCUUCGUCUGGAGAACAUAACUGAUGAUCACAAACAUCAGAUCCAUUAUCACUAUGGCCGCUUUCAGGAAUUUCACCGUAAAUCAGAAAGUACUGCUAUCCACCAUUAUUUGGAAGCCUUAAAGGUCAAAGACCGGUCAUCCCUACGCACCAAAUUGACAAGUGCUCUGAAAAAAUUGGCUGUCAAGAGACUCGGCCACAAUGCUUCAGAUGUGCAGAGUUUAAGUGCCCUAGGGUUUGUUUACAAGCUGGAAGGAGAAAAGAGGCAAGCUGCUGAGUACUAUGAGAGGGCCCAAAAGGUAGACCCAGAAAAUGAAGAAUUCCUUACUGCUCUCUGUGAGCUUCGACUUUCUAUUUAAACACAUACUCUAGGAAAUUAGUUCUAAGCUUUCCUCUCCAUUUUGGGUCAUUAUAUUUUUUUUGUUUAUUAUUUUAAUUCAUUGUUCAUUAUAGAGCCCAUUUUUUGAAUGGUUAUGUACCAAGUAUCAUGCUAAAUACUUCAUAUAUACAUAAUAAUGAAUCUUUUGCUGUUUUCUUUUUUUUAAAAUUAAUAUAAUCCAUUGAGAAAUAAACAUUUCAGCUAUUGUAACUUUUAAAAAUAGUAUGGCCAUUAUGACUUUAUACUCUUUAUCUCUGCCAUUUAUAAUAAUUUUCAAUUAAAUUUUGUCAAAUUUUCCAUAUUACUCACAUAGUAUAAUUCUGCAUAAACCCUGACAGCUAGGUCAGGAAUGCUCUUUCAGGAAUGCAAAAUUAUAUUAGUUAAGCUCUUAACUAUGUAGCUUGCAAAAGAUGGACCCUUCCAGUUACAGAUGUUUUAACUUUGAUGAGAAUAUUUAACCAUCAACCUGACCUAAAGAAUCCUCUUUGUUGAAAGAAAAAAGUUCAUAAUAAAAAGCUUGUCAUCUGUGGUGACUUCAAUAAAAGGAGAAAAAACUAGAAUAGGAAAAAAAAAAAGAUUUCUUCAAAUACAGAACUUAAGGGACCCAUGAGAAAUCACAAGUAUUAUCUCCCAAAAUGUUCAUUAAGUAGCUAGAAAUAGUUGUGAGGAAAAAAAAGAAUAAUGGAAAACCCCAUGUCUGAUGUUUCUCUGGUUCUUUUAUAACAAGAAGAACCUAAACUAAUCUAGAUGAAAUUAAUUUUAUUCCUUCCCAUUAAAAUUCCAGUAUGUUUAGGUUAAACUCAUUGAGGUAGAAAACCCAGUUGAGAAAUUGGGAGAAAUGAUAAACAAAUGGGUAAAAUAGAUAUCCCUAACCUAUGUCCCUAGAUUACCAAGAUUUCUAUGAUUUGGUGUUUGUUUUUGAAAACAACUGGAUUGUUUUCGUACUCCCAGUUUCUGGCCUUUAGUAUUCCAAAGUUACUUCUGUGAAGCUUUUUCUUUUGUCUAAAGUUUUCAGAUUGACAUGUUUUCCUAUAGAUCCUACAGGAAUAGUUAAGCCCUGCUUUCAGUUUCAAUAUCCGUCUUGAAGGGUCACUGUUUAAGGGCUCUUAUCCCAGGGGACAUUUUUAAUUGGGAUGUUGCUAAAAGUAGCUUCUCUAAUGUUUCUUUGAUUAUGUACUACACAAUUAUAUUUACCACCACAGUAUUAGUGGAAAAGUGUGCCAUGUGAUUUAAUUCUCCAUACCUCUAAUGUAGCUCUUAAAACUACUGUAUACAUGUUUGUGUGUUUUUUACUUUUUGUUACUUUUUUAAAAAAAUUUUUCUAUUAUGAUUGUGAUUAUUAUAAAAGUAAUGAAUUCUCAUUGUAAAAUUUCAAACAUAACAGAAGCAUAUGAGUUUAAAAGAGCAUCCCCCUCACCCUUCCCUAAUUCUACACCCCCAUGGUAACCUGUUAACAAUUUAAUAUGUAUCCUUCUAGAUAUUUUUUCUAUGCAUAUUCAAACAUACAUCCAUACUGCAAUGUAUUUCAUAAAUUAAAUUUUAAAAAUGUUU